AUGGGGUCGGGACAAAGGUGCUGGGCGCACCCACAAUGCUUCGGGCGGUGCUGGUUAUGGCGUCGCCCCUGGCGCCCCGAUCGUGCGGGCCGAGAGAAUAAGGACCGCUGGGAGGAGCGGGGGGACCGCAAGGCCCGGGAGCCCCUGGUGGAAAAGAAGCGGCACACGCGGAUCAAUGAGAGCCUGCAGGAGCUGCGGCAGCUGCUGGCGGGCACCGAGGUGCAGGCCAAGCUGGAGAACGCCGAGGAGCUGGAGCUGACGGUGCGGCGCGUGCAGGGAGUGCUGCAGGGCAGGGCUCGUGGGCACGAGCAGCUGAAGGCAGAAACCAGCGAGAGCUUCGCUGCUGGCUACAUCCAGUGCAUGCAUGAGGUGCACAUGUUCGUAUCCACGUGCCAGGCCAUCAAUGCCACCGUCGCCGUCCAGCUCCUGAACCCCCUGCUUCAGUCCAUGCCCCUGCGAGAAGGCAGCAGCUUCCGGGAUUUGCUGGGGGAUGCUCUGGCCGGGCCCCCGGGAGACCCUAGGUGAAGCAGCUGGCUCACAGGAGGGGCUGAUAUCCCCUUCCAGUGCACUCCCUUGGAAGAGGCCUGGUUGCUGCUCUGCCACAAAGGGAACUGGUGGGAAGGCAAGAAAGCAGGGCCCUGUAACUAAUAAACAGGGUUAACAAAAGGGCA